AUGGUAUCAUCAUACCCCCGCCCUGACUUCCAACGCACCUCUCUGAACUGGAGUACCCUAGACGGGCCCUGGUCGUUCACCUUCGACGACAAAGACGAAGGCCUAAGCUCCCAAUGGCAUAAAACCAGCCUUUCAGAAACCUCACCACGAGAGAUAACCGUGCCAUACGCAUUCCAAACCCCAGCAUCAGGGAUCAAUCUCAUCGAGGCCCACGAGGUACUAUGGUACGAGCGACGAAUCAGCGACAUUCGCACACCAGACGAAAAAGCAAAGGGAAAUAAACUUCUUCUCCGCUUCGGCGCAGUAGACUAUGAAUGCUCCAUCUGGGUCGAUGGCGUCCUGGUCGGCGGCCAUCGCGGCGGCCAUGUUCCUUUUGAUAUCGAUGUCUCUGAUGCGGUGAAUGGCGCCGAUGCUCGUCUCACCAUCCGUGUCAGAGAUUCACCCUAUGACAUGACCCAGCCCCGUGGAAAGCAGUUCUGGGGCCCGGUGCCUGAAAGCAUCUUCUACACCCCUAGUGGUGGAAUUUGGCUCUCUGUUUGGAUGGAGAGUGUUCCUGCUGCGCGAAUUUUGUGCGGGAGCGGAGGCACCGUGUUGCGAGCUGAUGAUAUUGAUGGCGGGAAGCUGCGGGCGAAAAUCGCUGUCGCUGGGAGACGGGUUGGAAGCGUUGCGAAGGUUGAGAUCGAGGCUGGACUUGGUGGCUUGAGUGUUGGUAAGGUGGAGGGAGAGCUGCCCAAAGAUAAAGAGUUUGUCUCACUUGAUCUGGGGAUGAAGGUGUCUGAGGCCGCGCGGAGUGAGUUGAAGGGUAAGCAUGGGGAUUUGUUCGGCGUUGAUGGCGUCUGGCACGGAGACGUUGCGGUUUGGGCGCCGGAGCAUCCUGUCUUAUACGAUGUCACUAUUCGAUUGUUCGAUGGGUCUGGAAAAUUGCUCGAUGAAGUCCAAACAACAGCUGGAAUGCGUAGUCUGUCCUGGCAGACUGGAGAUGGGACUUUCAGACUGAAUGGAAAGCCAUAUUUCCAAAUGCUGUUCCUGGACCAAGGGUACUGGCCCGAUACAGGCAUCACGCCUCCCUCUUCAGAGUCUCUCAAAACGGACAUCGAGCUGGCCAAAAAGAUUGGUUUCAAUGGCUGUCGCAAACACCAGAAAGUCGAGGAUCCGCGCUUCUUCUACUGGGCGGACCGACUGGGUUUCCUAGUCUGGGGCGAGAUGGCGAACGCCUAUGAAUUCGGCGAUCAAUACAUCGAGCGAUUCACCGCUGAAUGGACCGAAGCCGUGAAGAGAGAUAUCAACCACGCAUCUAUUGUAACAUGGACUCCGAUCAAUGAGUCUUGGGCAGUGUCUGCCUUGAAGGACAACAUCGAGCAGCGCAAUCACAUCCGUGCGCUUUACUACUUGACCAAGAACCUCGACCCAAGCAGACCAAUCAACGACAACUGUGGUUGGGAGCAUGUCAAAACAGACCUCACAACCUUCCAUGACUACAGUGAUUCAGCGGAGCUUGCAGAUACAUGCGCUAGCAUGCCCGGGAUCCUGGGACCGAAGGGCGGACACGACAUGUUCAGCAAACCGAUCUACUCCGGCUACUCAGGAACGGUGAGGCUAGACGAGGGCGCGCAGCACACGCCCGGAGCACCGGUGAUCUGCAGUGAAUUCGGAGGCGUCAACAUCGCGCCUCCGAAAGACUCUGCUGCUGCCGGUGAGCGGGACUGGGGAUAUACGACAGCGAGUGAUCCCGCAGACUUCCUAGUGCGGUUCGAAAAGCUCGUUAUGGCUGUUGUGAAGCCUGGACAUAUUUGUGGGCUUGUGUGGACACAGUUGUGCGAUAUCGAACAGGAGGUGAAUGGCUUGUAUACCUAUGAUCGCAAGGAGAAGGUUCCUACCGAUAAGGUGAAGGCCAUUAUGGAUGCUGCAAAGGACCAUUACUAUCAGCAUUUAACGGCUCACCAUUCCAAGGGAUUCAAGAAGCUUUUGGAUCAAUAUAAGCAUAUGGUGCAUCGGGGUCUGCCAAUUUGA